AUGAGUGGCGACUGCACAGCCUUUUCUCAAGUCAAACUGGGUUUGCCUGUCAGCAAAAACCUGAACGCAACCGACCGCUGUCUCUUGCACGUGUACUUCGACACCCAUACGUCCGUCUUGUUGGUCAACGACCUGGUCAGCAACACAGUGCAGCUCAUGUCAUCGUUUGGAGGUAUCUUCAGCCUGUUCCUUGGCUGCAGCUUCAUGAGUGCCGUCGAGGUGCUGUACUUCUUCACGGUGAGGCUUUGGCUGCUCGUGCGAGGUGUCGGCAGCGCAGAGAUGCCUUCCAUGACGCCAGCGCGACGCGUCGAUGAAUCACCACCACACCUCAGUCCGACAACCGCCAGAAACUUCGGACUUCGACCUAGAGACGACGAUUGGAGCGGCGCAAACCCCAUCCGCCCCAGGGCAUUCUGAAAACUUCACUAGGGACUCAAAGGCGUAAAAACUGUGCCCUAACGACCGAGUGGUGAAUGACUCAUGUGG